CUCCCAAUGUACUCCUUAGGCCCCUAUAAGUAUAUAAAAACAAAACUACAAAGAUAAAUUCUGGUUACAGAUGUACAACUGCAUAAUAAAACCAAAUAAAAAUAUAGAUUCCUGUGUGCAGAAACUCCCUAAAUGUUGCAGAACUAUUCAUAAAGCUUCUGCUGCUCUUCAUUACUCAGUAAGCUUCUUCUGCCUUAUUGGCUUGCAGCAAAAUAUAAACAAAAGGUCCCAAUUUCUGCAAUUUUUGGGUUGGGCAACCCCACCUCAGUUGCUUUCCUUCAACUAUUGUUUUCUGAUCUUAAUUUUCCUCUCUCUCAAACUCUCCAAUUUGUGUAUUGAAAUCUAUCAUUUUCCCAGGGAAAAAAAUCCCAGGAAUCAGAAGUUUUAGCCAACAUUUCCAUUAAUUGUUGCUGAAAAAAGUUGAUAAAAGAAAACCAAAAAUCGGAGCUUUUUCUUCUUUGGUGGGCUGUCACAUGGUUUAAGUGAUCUUAAGCUUCACAUUUUUCAUCUGGGUUCUUCAUUUUUUUUAUUGUUUGGUGGGGGGUUUUGUUGGAGUGAUGCACAUUGAAGGUCAGAAGAAUGGCUACUUUAGUACCAGGGAUUCUGUUAAAGCUUUUACAGCAUAUGAAUACAGAUGUUAAAGUUGCUGGUGAACAUAGGUCUUCUCUAUUGCAAGUUGUGAGCAUUGUUCCUGCACUAGCAGGAGGUGAUUUGUUUCAAAAUCAAGGGUUUUAUUUGAAGGUUUCUGAUUCUUCUCAUGCUACAUAUGUUGCUCUACCUGAUGAACAUGAUGAUCUAAUUCGUAGUGAUAAGAUUCAAUUGGGACAGUACAUUCAUGUUGAGAGGCUUGAAGCUGCCUCCCCGGUUCCAAUUCUUCGAGGCGUGAGGCUGGUUCCCGGGAGGCAUGCUUGUGUUGGUACCCCUGAAGAUAUUGUGGCAACUCAUUCUCUUGGGUUCCUGAAUAAUUCUUCACCAGGGUCUAAACCUACUGAAAAAUCAAAAUCAGCUGCCAAAUCAUUGUUUGGUAGAAAGGAGAAGUCUCCUCCCUCUAAAUUGAAUAGUUUUGGGAAAGAUGACCUAGUAGAUAAGAAAUUAUCGAUAACUCGAUCAAAGUCUAUAUCAUCAAAAGCUUCUGUGAAUUCUUUGGAUAGGAAGGAAGCUUUAGGAAGGUUGAAGACAUCGAGUUCUCAAUCUAUACCGUCAUCACCUACUAGUUGUUACUCGCUUCCCACUUCAUUUGAGAAGUUUUCAAAUGGGGUUAAGCACCAAGCAAAGAUCAAGAGUGAUAGAGGGACUCCUAAACUGGGUUUAAUGGAGAAGGUGUCUGCUAAAUUAGGACUGGUAGAGAAGGCUAGUUCUGCUCGUUCAUCGAGUCCAAUUACUAAGAAGCAGCCUUCUGUGUCUACACCCAAGAAAUUUGCUCAGGUAAUUGAUAUGGGGCCAAAAGCAUUAAGGAGGAGUUGGGAAGGGAGCAUGGAAACCAAGAGUAGAGAUAGCUUGAAAGUAAGAACUAGCAAGCCUGAUGUGAUCUCUGCAUCGCGUAGUACUUCUGUGCCUAAGAAAAAUCCGGCAGAUGACCGGUCAUCAACCAAAGUAGAGAGUAAAGGCCAAAAAACCUCGAAAAUAUCGAAGGUGGAAGCUAAAGAUCAGAUAUCUGCAAGAACCUUGCCUACUAAUGGAGAUGAUCUCGAUAGAUCCAGCAAGCCGAGGAUUUCUAUUGGGAGAAAAUCAGUGGAUAAUGGCAGUAAUUCUAGUAAUGGGUUUCCGAGCAAUUUGGCGAAGGUCUCCGCCAGUAGCAGGAAAUUGAUAGACGCUAGUGUCCUGUGGACAUCUCUUCCCUCCUCUGUCACAAAGCUCGGAAAGGAAGUUCUGAAGCUUAGAGAUUCUGCGCAAAUGGCUGCAAUCGAGGCAAUGCAAGAAGCUUCAGCCGCUGAGUGUAUACUUCGUUGCUUAAGUAAGUAUUCCGAGGUAAGCUCAUCAGCCAAGGAAGAUGAUCCGCAACCGGCAGUAGAGCAGUUCUUGGCUCUACACUCAAGUUUGAAGAGUGCCCUUGUCACUGUCAAUUCCCUGUCUAAAAUGACUUCUGUUGGCUCAUCCCCGGAUAGUCAAGAAGCCUUGUCUGAAGAAACACAAAAGAUGGUAUCAGAGAGGAGAAAACAGGCAGCUUCUUGGGUGAAUGCUGCCUUAGCCACAGAUCUAUCACCAUUCUCGGUAUAUAGUGAUCGACCAACAUUAACUUCACUUCCAACUUCCUCCCAGUCACAUAAUCAUAAACUUAACUCUGGAAGUCCACCCUUUAUAGUGCUUGAAAAUGCGAGUAAGAAUGCAUCUCCGAAAACCAUAUCUAAACCCCGGUUAUCAGUUAGCUCUAAGGCUUCUUCCCCUGGGAGUGGGACCCCACGCCGAGCUAGUGAUAUGUUGUUAAGUAGCCAAAAGGCACGUCCCCUGCCCCCUCCUCCGGAGUGGGACAGAGGAAAUGGGCUUGAUGAGUAUAUGGACUUGGCUGAGAAGCUUCAGUUUGAGUCACAGAAUUGGUUCCUGGGAUUUGUAGAGCGGUUUUUGGAUGCUGAUGUAGAUUCGACUGCAUUGUCAGAUAACGGUCAAAUAGCUGGUAUGCUGACUCAACUAAAGAGUGUCAAUGAUUGGUUAGAUGAGAUAGGUGGAGGCUCGGCCAAAGACGAGGAGCAGGAAGAAGAGGAAGAAGAAGUGGCUCGUGUGUCAGGGGAAACAGUUGACAGGCUGAGAAAGAAGAUAUACGAGUAUCUUCUUACACAUGUCGAAUCAGCUGCUGCUGCACUUGGGAGUGGCUCACAAUCACUUCCGCCUGUUCGAACUACAGAAACUAAAGGAAGAAGAUAACCAUUUUGUCUGAUUCAGAUGGAACAAAGUUCCCAAGUUCAGCAAAGAUGCAGAAAUACAGAUUUAUAUUCCCCCCUUUAAUUAGCCAUCUGUUAUGUGCAGAAAUUUUUCCUUCUUUUUUCUGUAUAGUAAUCCCCCCUUUGGAAAAUUUAAGGUAUACGAGAGGUUUGUGGUCAUUUAUGGGUUGAAAACGGGUAGUUUAGGUCGGGUUCACGGCUUUUGCGGGCUUUAUUUUGUGGAAUUUGUAGCCCGAAAUUGUACACUGGAAAUAGUUUCAAGGAGAAACUUAGAAAGCUUGCUUCUCCGAAUUUCAAGCCUCCUGUAUUAGUUCUGCUAUAUCAGUGAGCUUGCAUAUAAUUUAGCAGUUGUGUACAUUGUUGGUUUGAUCACCUUAGAUUGUAGACAGAGUGUGCAAAAAUUGAAGUGAUUGAAUAUAUGUUGAUUUUAUCAUUUAAA